AUGACGAGGCCUCUGGGAGUUCCCUCGGCGAAGCCCGGCCAUAUUUAUAACCCAUCAGUCACAGUGGCCUGUGGCUCUGGUUACAGCGUUACGUUUGAGCUGGAGGGCUCUGCCCAGGGCCCAGCAGUGGGCCAGCCAGCCCAACGGAGGAAAGGCCUGGGAGACAAGAGGCAAAACAGGAAGGAAGAAAGCGUGUGGAGGGCUGUCUGCUGCUCUGUGGAUGUGGCAACGUGUGGAGGGCUGUCUGCUGCUCUGUGGAUGUGGCAGAGUGUGGAGGGCUGUCUGCUGCUCUGUGGAUGUGGCAGAGUGUGGAGGGCUGUCUGCUGCUCUGUGGAUGUGGCAGCGUGUGGAGGGCUGUCUGCUGCUCUGUGGAUGUGGCAGCGUGUGGAGGGCUGUCUGCUGCUCUGUGGAUGUGGCAGCGUGUGGAGGGCUGUCUGCUGGUCUGUGGAUGUGGCAGCGUGUGGAGGGCUGUCUGAUGCUCUGUGGAUGUGGCAGCGUGUGGAGGGCUGUCUGCUGCUCUGUGGAUGUGGCAGCGUGUGGAGGGCUGUCUGCUGCUCUGUGGAUGUGGCAGAGUGUGGAGGGCUGUCUGCUGGUCUGUGGAUGUGGCAGCGUGUGGAGUGCUGUCUGCUGGUCUGUGGAUGUAGUAACAUGUGGAGUCUGUGUGGCGUGUCACCAGACUUGGCGUGUUAUCUACGUCAUCAACACGUCUGUUUACUGACUAACUGGCUGACUGGUUUUCCGUGUCCCAUUCCCGUGUCCUGUCUGUCGGUCUGUCUGUUGUGUUGUUGUGUCGCUGUUUUGCUGUGCUCCCUACCAUACUCUGUUUGUUUAUGUGCUUGUUUGCAGUGCCUACAGCCAUGCAAGGAACUGUGGGAGACCAGAAAAGACCUGUCUCAGAAACCAUGCGAGAAGCAUCAUGAGUGUGUGACCAGUUGGGAGUUCUUGGUGUCUCUGAGGUCAGGGAAGCAGGGGGACUGCCCCCCUCCCCAGCGAGCCAUGGGAUUUGCUGCCGCCUGCGUGGAGAGCUGCUCCGCUGACAAACACUGCUCUGCCUCCAAGAAGUGCUGCUCCAAUGGGUGCGGACACACCUGCCAGGCUCCAGCCAAUCUCUAUAAAGGCGUACCUCUGAAGCCCAGGAAGGACAUAUUAUUCCUGGAGGACCAGCAGGGUCAACUGGAGGUCAGAUGGAUGUCAAAGUUCAAUGUGACCAUCGAACCAGUCCUCUACAUCCUGCAGCGCAGGUGGAACCACGGAAUACACCCCAGCGAGGACGACGCCUCGCCCUGGCACACCGUCGUCAUG